AUGAAGUCGAAUUCCAAGAAUAUUAUAAAGGCAGCGCUCGCCUUCGUUUCACUCCCGAUAUUGCCAGCGGUCGCUGAUUACUGCACCUUCGAUAACGGCAAUUGCAUUGAUGGCCUAGCCCAGGUUUCCGUUUCGUUCCAAUUUGACGCUAUCUCGCCCGUACCAUUAAAUUUUUACUACGGAUACGAUGCCGGAUGGGGUUCUCCCUCCAACGAAAACGCGUGUGCAGUGAAAGUGGGAUAUUGGCUUCAGUACGAUAGGGGAACAGUGACGGAAUUCAACUCGAAUAUCCGCGGUAUCAAUUGGACAACAGAGGUGGCAUUACGUAUCGGAAAUCUAGGCGGUUAUGUCGGCGGUGCCAAUAACGGCUGUGAUGGUGUUUGGGGUGGUAAUUGCUCGGAAAAUUUAAAAACUUUCUUGCGGUCCUCGUUAUUCAAUCUUAGUACAUCGGGGCAACCUUACGAUUUACCGCUGGACACGGUACUUCAGCCGUUGACGACCGGCAGCCCAGGACCUAUCAUCGACGGAUGUCCGUCUACACUGUUUGACUUGGAUCUAAUUCCCACCUAUGCUGUUAUCAAUGCCACAACAGCUGGCGGCAACAACGCUUCGGAAGCCAUAAGUGUUGCUGUACCAGGCAAUCCUGGAGCCCCAUGGCGGACAUGGUACAUUCCCGGCGCAACGCCUUUGGGACACGCCCAAGAGGUUGCCGUCGGCAUCAUCGCGCGUGGACCCAAUCACGGCUCAAAGCCACUAAAUGGUCCGGAUGACAUUAAAGUUGAGCUGGUAUGUGCGAGGGCACCAAGACAAGGUCCCCGCCAUCCACCUGAUGGCGGCGCUCCUGGUAAGGCCCCUCAGGGAUAUGCCCGCGGCAUCAUCAAGUCGUAUGCUUUUGACGAGAAAGACUUUGUAUAUGAAGUCGAAGACGAUGAGGAGGAGGGGGAAGAUGAUGAGUACUAUGAUGGCGAUAGCUCGACAACAGGCACCAACGUCGAUUGCCCUGAAAGCAGUGCCACAGUACUCUAG